CAUGCAAGAUUUAGAGGACUGAGAUAAAGGUGCCAAAAUGUACAAGGUGGACAUCCAGGUGGAUACCAAGGAGGCAACUGCUGUCGCGGCCCGCAGGAACCGAGAGAAGCAGAGACAGAGUCGCAUCUUCAAUGCGCGCUACCGCACGAUGGGCGUGGAUGUGGAAGCCUUGAAGAGCCAGGUGGAAGAGCGGAAACUGAGAGAGAAUGCAGAGAAGCGACGGGAUGAAGCUUUUGAUGCGGACCGUAUCCAGUCCGACAAGAUUGCCCAGAUGCUGGAGGACGAGGAGCAGCAGCGGAAAAGGCGGCUCAACCAAGCCCUUGUGGAGUUCCACCAACAGAAGCAGCAGCCCUCCACUCGGCGGGAGUGGGACAUCAACAACCCCACGGCGCUCCACAAAGAGCUCCCGGCCCGCGUGAGUGACGACGACCCCCGCUGCGGCCCGUCGAGCAUGCAGCGCUUUGCUGGCGAGAGUUUCAGCGGGCCAGCCAGGCAGAAACUGCUGAAGGAGCAAAACAGGAGGGACCUGGAGGAGCAGCGGAUGGAGCGGGAAAAGGCCCUGGCUGACCGCAGAUAUGCCGAGACCGUGGAUGACAAGAAAAGGAUUGAGCUCGACCUGCGAGCCCUGGAGCUGGCACGCCUGGAGGACGAAUGCCGCAGGGCCAAAGCCAUGGCGGUUGCGGACUUCAACCGGGCACAGGCCGCGGAGCUUGCCGAGCAGCAGCGCCUCGCCCAGCAGCGCGAGCAGGACGAUAACUACACCGAGAUCCACAACCACCUGACCGGCGACAUCCUCACAGAAAAUCCAGACGUGGCCAAAAGCCUGGUGGGGCCGCACCGCAUGGUUCCCUACCGCUGGAAGGGGAUGACUCCCGAGCAAUUGGCGGCCGUGCGCAAGACGCAGGAGGAGCAGUGCAAGGAGAACCAGAGGCUGCGGGAAGAAGAGCGGCAGCGGGAGGCAGAGUGGGACCGGCAACGCCACUUGGCCGCCCGGGCCGCCAUGGGAAUGGAGGAGCAGGAGCAGAACUUCCGCCUUCAGCUGCGGAAGAGCCUGGACGGCUACAACCGGGAGCUGGCAGAAGCACAGAAGGCAAACUUACAGCAUCUGGAGAAGGAAGUGUACUCCAACACGCCCACCGCCCAUUACCACCUGCAGUUCAACACCAGCAGCCGCUGAGGGAAGAAACCCCUAAGAAGCCUUUGCUGAUG